CAGAUGUCAUUUGGAAGUGCAGUGCGUGAUUAAUUGAACAGGAAUCGAAAAUGCUGAAGCGUAAUAAUUGGUUUAUUUUGAAAAUCUUCAUAGGAAAUGUGUUCGGUUAUUGCGGGUUACUUACCGUACCGGCGGUCACCUGCAGCUGCAGAGCUGGAGGAGCAUCACUGACACCCGGACUCUCCUCUGAACACCGCAUACAUAUACAAGAUGAACUGUCGCUGUAGGUUUAAUGUCACACACAAACGGGGCGAGCAGUUUUGGAGGAGACCGUGUCAGUCCUGCCCUGGAGCCCAGAAACCCGCAUUUUAGAGGCGACCACGGACAAAUCACAUUAACAGGCAUCGACACGUCCAGCUCUCAUCGCCGGGAGAUGGAGGUCCAACGUUAAGGGGUUCGGGGGGGUGGGGGGAACCGAAGUGGGUCGGAAUUUCGCCAAAAUUACGACGGGAAUCAAGUACAGCUCCCUGUCUCCCGGUAACGGGAGAGACCACCGGCCGCUCGUGAUGUCUCGUGCCAAGGAGCGGCUGAAAGGCGGGAAGGAGACCAAGGACAGCGUUACUCUGUUGCCGUGUUUCUAUUUUGUAGAGCUCCCUAUCCUGGCUUCCUCUGUUGUCAGUCUUUACUUCUUGGAGCUGACGGAUAUUUUCCAGCCGGUGCAUUCUGGGUACAGUUGUAAUGACCGCAGUCUGUCUCUGCCCUACAUCCUGCCCAGACAGGAAGUCUGUCCACUGCCUCUGCUCUUCAGCCUGGCCUUCGCUGCUCCCACCGCCACUAUUCUGAUAGGAGAAGCCAUUCUAUACUGUUAUCUAUCUAGGAGGUCAACAGCCACCCAGACUGAAGCCAACAUCAACGCUGCAGGCUGUAAUUUCAACUCCUACAUUCGCAGGGCUGUACGCUUCAUAGGUGUUCAUAUCUUUGGCCUGUGUGUGACGGCACUGAUAACUGACAUUCUCCAGCUGUCCACUGGUCAGCACACUCCAUACUGGCUGGAUGUGUGCAAACCCAACUUAACCCACAUUAACAUGUCGACCUGUGAUGAGGCUUUUAUUCUGGAGGAUAUCUGCUCUGGACAAGACAUCGGUCUCAUCAAUGCUGGGAGAAAGUCUUUCCCCUCCCAACAUGCAACUCUGGCUGCCUUUGCUGCUGUCUACAUCUCAAUGUAUUUCAACACGGUGCUGACAGACUCAGCUAAGCUGCUGAAGCCUCUCUUGGUGUUUUCUUUCGUCAUGCUGGCCAUCCUGGCCGGGUUAACCAGGAUCAUCCAGUUCAGAAACCACCCUGUCGACGUCUACUGUGGAUGGUUACUGGGAGCAGCCAUCGCUGUUUAUCUGGGUGUGUAUGCAGUGGGGAAUUUCCAGCCCAGUGAAGAUCGGUCCAGAAGUCAGCCGCCACCCCCGACCCUGAGAGAGCCCCCACUCUCCUCUCUCCCCAAUGUGAGCCAAUCAGCAAUCAGCAACAGCCACCCAGGCCACCACACCCUGGCUCCCAGCCAACCAGAGCCCAUCAUCACGAGGACCUCAUCCCACACCUUGUCCCCCAACCAAGCAGAGCCGAUCCUCACACGAAGCUCCUCCUACCGAGAGCCCUCUCUAAGCAAUCUGAAGAGAGCUAGUGCUGAGGUGGAGGUGAUAAGUCCGUCCAGUCCCCUAGGCAACCGUGACAACAUGAUGACCUUCAGCAGCAGCACACUGCCAAGGUCCCAUGGAGGCUCUUCACUGGAGGAGGGCCGCAUUCCUCGGCGUCACGCCUCCAUCCACGCCUCGAUGGACUCAACCCGAUCCAAGCAGCUUCUCAGCCAAUGGAAGAAUAAGAAUGACAACAGGAAGCUGUCCCUGCAGGUGAUGGAUGGAAUAAGACCAACCUCCUCCUCAUCUCCUCAGAGGAACAUGGAACUGCGCUGCUCCUCUGAACCCUCUGCCAUGGGCCUGGAGGCAGAGCUCCGCGGUGUAACCCACCUGCCUUCAACUGGCCAGGAAACAGAGCUGCGUGCUGGGGGCCACAUCCCAGCUCAGUAUAUGAAACUAGCAGCUAGCUCUGUUCCUAUGGCCAAUCAUAACCACAUGGCCCAUAAUGGCAGCACAGGGCUGGCUGGUGGGGCCAGAGUGUCCAUCCAGUCCCGGCCCGGAUCCUCCCAGUUGGUUCACAUUCCUGAGGAGGAAAACCCCAACUGCAGGGAUCAGGAAAGUGAAUCAGAAGACAGUAUUAUGGAUGGGGGUGGGUCAGUUAGAGAAAAGUGGCUGAGAGUGGCGGAGAAGACCACCAUACCCUGCAGACCACUCAGUGCUGGAGGACAGCCUCGUCUCAUGCAGGUGAUAGCCUUAUCCAAACAGCAGGGCCUGCUCCACUCUCCUCGGUCAGAGGAUGGCGGCAGCACCGUCAGCUGCACAGGAUCCAUACGGUACCGAGCGCUGACGGACCAGGACCCAUCACCACCAGCCUCCACCACCGGAGCAGUGGGAGGAGGAGGUUUGGAAAGAUCUGGCAGUAUAGUCCGUGUUGAAGCCCACCCAGAGUCCAGAUCAAACAAACCAGUGGUGAAACCUCCAAGCACUGAUGGAAGUGGCUCUUGGCGAUGGAAACCACCAGAGCAACGACCGUCACUCCGACAGUCAGCUUUCACCCUCAAUGACCUGAACAGACAUACGGACAGCUGUGAUUCACUGAGAGAUGGAGGGUCAUUGGAUGGACGGAGGAGUGUGACAGGGACCGAAACGGAGAGCGAAGGUGGAGGAGAAGGUGGUGGAGGAGGUGUAUACACCAACCAUCCACAUGUUGUACAUCCUUUACAUCCACUACAUCCCAAUAACCCCAACAACUUCCAGCACCCCAACUUUAAUCCCAACAACCCCAACUUUAACAACAUUCAUGCUAACUUCAAUUCCAAUUUGCCGUUUACCCCCACCGCCAUCUUUGCUCCUCCUUUCCAUCCCCAUCCUCAGGCCGUCACUACCAUCAGGGUCACCCCGGUGGAAGGGACAGCUGCCAGCAGCGAUGGCGGCUCAGACUGCCAGUCGGUUGCCUCGUCCAGCCGUGAAUCCACCCUGAGAAGGAAGAGUGGCAGCAACAUUGUCCACAUCCCCGAUCGAGGGCCCACCCCCGACCUCCACAACAACCACCGUCUUUGUGACGACAGUAACCGCCUCGACAAUGAGAGCAGCAACCGUUUCCAUGAAAACCUUCGAAGUUUUCAAGACAACCCCAUCCACCCCAAUCAUCCCAACAGGCAGUUGCAGGGGAUGUUUAGCCGUCCAGGCCCAACUCCUCCCCCUACCUUACCCCGCCCUAUCCUGACUCACACUCCACCUCCAACUCUGGGCUUGGCCUAUAAAGAAUGAUAUGCUCAGUGUUAAGUUCAUCCAUCUAUACCUGUAAUGAAGAUUUGCCCUGACUAACCAGUGCAUACUAGCAGUGGAGAUUUGCUUCUUGGGCCAACAUACAGAACUUCUGUUUUGGCCAAAAAUUAAAGGAAAUUCAGUUAAAUCAGUCCACCACCCAGGGUUAGCCAAUAGGGCUCCUUAGCCCUAUCCACAACCUCUCACCAGGCCAAUUAGGGCAUACUAUAUGGCCAUUUGUGUCCCUCCAGCCUCCCAACUGGUUUAGUACCAAACGGAAUAAAAUGUGUCUUGCUUGGAGAGGGGCUGUAGGCUUAUUAAAACCUAUAAGGAAUAGGUCCAUGAUCUACUUAAGGUCACAACCCAUAGAGUAUGGACACAAUUAGCCCUGCCCCCAGUCUCCAACUGGUCUAUAAGGAUGGACAAUAGUCAGGGUCCAUCUUAAGUGGUGAGUUUGAUUCAACUUUUCUUCUACUUCUUUUUUAUCUUGCUGGACAUGCCAGUUAAUUUUUUGUAAAUCUAACAAAUUGAGUGCAUUUGCUUCAUAGGCACAAAGAUAAUGGGCUAAAUAAACUGCUGACCGUUGACUCACUUUUAAGGAGAGACUCCAGCCUCCUCAGGCUGUCCCAUAGCUCCCAGCUAUCAAGGAUGAAUUCAGCCUAAUGACAUUGCCCCCUUCUCCUCUGACUGAUAGGUCAGCUGUGUAUGGGAACAUUUCUAUCACUAAUAUUUAUACAUAUAUUCUCAGCUUUCAUCCUGUUGUCAAACACAGGUCACAUAUCAAUAUAUAAACGUUACAGUGUAACCACAUGCCAUUAGAUGGGGAUUUGCAUUUUAAAGCCCAUAACUGUGCUGUAUUUGUACAUAUGAGCUUGGGUGGCCACAGUGAAAAUGAAACCCAUGGUCUUAAUAGUGUCUGGUGUUUGGGCUACAAGGGGUCCCUUUUGGGCAAUAACAGUAUCACUUUGUUCACAGUGGUAUUGUGUUUGUGUUGAAUGAGAACAAUAUCAUGGGGCAUACAUUGUAUUUAAAUAUAGUAAAACAAAUGCUUUGUUUUUUACAUGCUGUCGUUUAAUGGUGUGCAGUAUAUGAAUUAUCCUUACUGUGUAGUAGCUGUACUGUACACUGACACAUGCAGCAUGUGAAUCAUCCAAAAAAAAACAGACCAUACUCAUACUCACAAGACUGAUGUUAGUUAACCAUUUCUUUUUCCAAGUUUGAUUCAUUUUACCAACUUCAUGUGCCCCAGCAUUGUGGGUGUAAUUUAGCCAAGGUAUUAAGGCUACUGCUGGGCAAAAAUAAUGAGAUUUCUUGAAUUAAGUUGUAAUAUUUUUAGAAAAAAGUCACAAUGUUAUGAGAUAAUUUUGUUGUGAAAAGGGUCAUAUUAUAUUACAAGAAUAGUCUUAAUUUUACUAUUACAAAGGAAAGUUUUAAUCUUUUGGGAAAAAAUAUAAUAUUAUAAUAAUAAAGUGUAAUUUUACAAGAAAAUACAUUAUUACAAGAAUAAAGUCAUACAUUUACAAAAAAGUCAUUUCAGGGAGAAUUUUUUGAGAAAAGGUCAUUAGAUUUCAAGAAUAAAGAGUCAUAUUACAAGAAUUUACAAUUUUGAGACAUGAUGAAGUCUCAAACAAUAUAAAGUUAUAAUUUUACAAUGAUAUGUCAUAAUAGUACAAAAUAAGUUGUAAUUUUGCAGUAGAAAGUUGUAAGAUUGCAAGAAUAAGUCAAAAUUUUACAAUGAAAUGUAACAUUACCAGAUAACAUCAUACUUAGAAAGAAAAUUACAUAGUAUCACAAGAAUAAUGCCUUGAUUUUAUAAUAUAAAGUUGAAUCUUUACAAGAAUAAAAUCAUGUAUUUACAAUAAUAAUAUGAGAAUAGUGAUAACAUUACAAGAAUAAAGUCAUACUUUUAGGGUGGAAAAGUCAUGAUAUAAAAAUAUAGUAUACAGAGAAAAAGGUUGUUUGUAUUCAGAAAACAGCAAAAUUAUAUAUUUAUUGAUUAGAUUGGGUAGAUUAGAUCAUGUAUGCAUGUUUUACCAUUGCCUAACUGUCCAUAAGGUUACGAACUUUUCUUGCAAAAGUCUUGUGUUUGUCUAUGAUAUUAAGGUGCUUAUUUUUUAAACCUAUAAAUGCAGAUCCUCCACCGUCCUCAUUGUGAUGCACAAGCUGACAAACUGCUCUCACCUGGUUACUCCAAGGGAAUCUUAACAUAAAAGUUAGUGUCAAAAUAUUUUUUCUUUAAAAAAAUCACAAUCUUAUUUUCAUAAUAUUACAACUUUCUCAUAAAAUUACAACUUCAUCUUCAUAUAUAAACUACAACAUCUCAUUCUUGUAAA